AUGCGAAUUCCGAAUUUCUUGCUAUGCGUUGUACUAUCGAUUGGGUGUCUGGCAUAUGCCUAUGAUGACCCUCUGGUGCAUCUCGACUACGGCUCCUUCCAAGGCAAAUACGAUACCGCUUACAACCUCUCCUAUUUUCGCAAGAUUCCUUUCGCUGCGCCUCCCAUUGGAGAGAAUCGCUUUCGCGCGCCCCAGCCGCCAUUCACAAUCACGAAUGGAACGUAUGACACGGACCAGACCUUCGACAUGUGCCCCCAGCGGACAGUCAACGGUUCCGAGGACUGUCUCUAUCUGGGCCUUUUUUCCAGACCUUGGAACACCCAACAAGAUAUUCGGAGGCCGGUCCUUGUAGUCUUCUACGGUGGAGCGUUCAUCCAAGGGAGUGCCGCGUUUGACAUGCCGCCGUCUUCAUUUCCGGUCUUGAAUGCCAGCACCUUGAAUGAUUAUGUGGUGAUUUACCCAAACUACCGAGUAAAUGCGUUUGGAUUCUUGCCGGGCAAGGCCAUCAAAGAAUCACGCACCUCGGAUUUGAACCCGGGUCUCCUCGACCAGCAAUUUGUUCUGAAAUGGGUCCAUAAACAUAUUCACCACUUUGGCGGCGAUGCCCGCAACGUGACCAUCUGGGGUCAAUCGGCCGGUGCCGGGUCGGUCGUGGCGCAGGUGCUGGCGAACGGCCGGCAUGGAAACCCCAAAUUGUUCUCCAAAGCCCUGGCGAGUUCACCUUUUUGGCCCAAGACGUACCGGUACAAUGCCCCCGAGGCAGAGAAAAUUUACAACCGACUCGCCAAUCUGACCGGCUGUGCCAAUGCCGGUCAUGGCCAACAAGUCCUGUCGUGCUUGAAAACUGUCGACGUGCAGACCAUCCGCGAUGCAAGUCUGCAAAUUGAUGCCGCGCACACAUACACUACCACUUCGUACACGUGGGCUCCCGUGAUCGAUGGCGAGUUUCUGGCAGACACGCUGACCGAGGCUGUUCGCAGCGGGAGUCUUCAUACCGAGUUUGUCUGGGGGAUGUACAAUACUCACGAAGGACAGAAUUUCAUCCCGAGCGGUCUGCAGAAGGGGCUGUCUACAAAUGGGUACAACUCCUCCGCGGAGAGCUUUCAUCAAUGGGUAGUCGGAUUCUUGCCGGGUCUGAGUGCAAGAGAGAUCAAUCUGGUUGAAAAUGUGUAUUAUCCGAUCAACGGAAGCACGGAAACAAUCGACCACUAUGACACCAGCUAUGUGCGAGCUGGGCUCAUCUACCGAGACCUUGUCCUUGCCUGUCCCGCCUAUUGGGUCUCAUCGGAUGCGCAAAUGAGAGGAUACUUGGGCGAGUAUACCAUUCAGCCCGCCUUGCACGGCAGCGACACUAUUUACUGGAAUCGACUCAAUGCCGUCCAACGGACCAACCCUGUUGUGUAUGAGGGUUAUGCAGGUGCCUUUGCGAGCUUUUUCCAGACUGGGGAUCCAAAUGCCCACAAACUGACGAACGGAUCCAUACUGGGGGUUCCCGAAUUGAAGCGGAAAAAAGAGGAGUUUGUGAUUGUGGAUCGUGGAUUCGAGAAUGUGCACCUUGCACAGCUUCAAAAGCGAUGUGAUUUCUGGCAAAGUCUAGGUCGGAAGAUUCCCGUUUAG